AUGUGGACGCCGCCAGUUAACUUCUUAACCUUACAUUAUACAUGGAUCCUCACGCUCGCCAUCCUCAGCCUCGUUAUCAUCUAUCCUUAUGGAAACCUCAAAGCGGUAGACGCCUUCUUCUUUGGAGCGAGUGCCUCCACCGAGUCGGGACUCAACACGAUUGAUGUCAAAGUCCUUAAAACGUACCAGCAGGUAUAUAUUUACGUGAUCCCAAUUCUGGGAAACUUGGGGUUCAUCAACAUUGUCGUCGUUGUCGUGCGGCUUCACUGGUUCGAGAAGUAUCUCCGAUCUGUGGCUCCGGGCAUUUUGAAUUCUGUAUCAACUUCCGGAGGAACCUCGGUUCGUGACGUGGAAGGUGCCCGAUCUACGAGCGUAGACAAUCGAGGUGGCCAAAGUCAUUAUGGAAAUCCUGGGACCAAUGCAGUGAAUGGGAACUCAAAUUCAGACAUCCAAGUGAGCUCGCUGCAAACUUUCCAGCGCCUGCCUUCUGAGAAACUUGAUCAGAGAUCGUCCCACAAGGACCCCAACACUACUCCCACCUUGCCGUCCAGAACGAUCAAGUUCGGAGACGACCUUUCAGGUCAACCGGCUGAACAGUCGGAGAAGGCACUCUACAUUCCUCCGCCGUGGAAGCGCGAUAGAGGAAGUCCGAUUCUUGAGGUUGACGAUGAAGGAGAUGAGUGUGAAUCACUCAAAGGGACGCGAACAGAAACAAAGACUUGCGCCGGGGAACCUUCCUUCCGCAGGACGGGGAGCAGCGUUCUGUCUGCCACAGCACCCCUGGAGCGUGUUGCCUCGAUGCUGUUUCGACCGGGAGAAUCAGCGAGUUAUGACCGACACUCGCAAAGGCCGUCACAGCCCACAUACAGGCAGCUCGCUCUGCCUAAUAUCUCCUCCCAAGCAACCAUAGGCCGAAAUUCGCAGUUCUAUCACUUGACCACCGAAGAUCGUGAAAGGCUGGGGGGUAUUGAAUACCGUAGCUUGAAGCUUCUACUUAAGAUUGUCACUGCGUAUUUCUUUGGCCUCCACCUCUUUGGGGCCAUUUGUCUUGUCCCAUGGAUCUUGCGUGCCGACCCGAAGUAUCGAGAUUAUCUUGCGGAAUGCGGACAAGGCAGUGUCUGGUGGGGGUUCUAUUCCGCCCAGACGAUGGUGAAUAACCUAGGCUUUACCCUCACUCCAGACUCGAUGAUUUCCUUCCAAGACGCAGAAUUCCCACUCAUCGUCAUGAGUUUCCUUGCGUACGCAGGCAAUACCUGCUAUCCGUGUCUGCUCCGGUUCGCUAUUUGGACCAUCUGGAAAUUCGCCCCAGAAGGGUCGUCGAUGAAAGAGACUCUAGGCUUUUUACUUGACCACCCCCGCCGUUGCUACACCUUACUCUUCCCAAGUCGACCCACAUGGGUCUUAUUUGGGGUCCUGUUUGUGAUGAACUUCAUCGAUAUAAUUCUUAUCAUCGUGCUAGAUCUUAAUAACCCUACAGUGAAUAUUCUCCCCGCGGGCACUCGCCUCGUGGCGGCCAUCUUCCAAGCAGCUUCUUCACGACACACAGGAACAGCCACGUUCAAUUUGGCAGACGUGAACCCUGCAGUUCAGUUCAGCUUGUUCGUCAUGAUGUACAUUGCGGUGUUUCCUAUCGCGAUUAGCAUGAGAGCGUCGAACACCUACGAAGAGAAGAGUCUUGGAGUAUACGCUGGUGAUGACGAGAUAGAUGAGGGAGACGGACGUUCAUACGUCUUGACUCAUAUCCGGAAUCAACUCACCUUUGACCUGUGGUAUAUCUUCUUUGGGGUUUUUUGUAUCACCAUUGCCGAGUCGGGGAAGAUUGCCGAUACAUCAAUACCUGCAUUUUCUGUUUGGUCGGUGCUCUUUGAGGUAGUAUCAGCCUAUGCCAAUGUCGGCCUGAGCCUCGGAUACCCAACUGUGAAUACGUCCUUGUCUGGAGAAUUCACUACAUUCAGCAAGCUUAUCGUCUGUGCGAUGAUGAUUAGAGGACGCCAUCGUGGGUUGCCCUAUAAGCUUGAUCGGGCAAUUGUGCUCCCAGGUGAACGUCUGAUUGAAGGAGACGCGCAGGAGGAUCUUACCUCACGGAUACAGCUUCACAAACUUUCAAAAAUUAAGCGCUAUCACACAAGUUAG